AUGCAUUCGGAAGAAGAGAAGCCCACGGGUGCAACCGCCUCCAAAAAUUUCUUGCCGCAGGGCAAGUAUCUAAAGCCUGAAGAAAUGGAAUACGAGUUUGGUGGGCCAAUUGGUGCCAUGGGAAUGAUGCUUGGUUUCCCAGCGCUGAUGUACUACAUGUGGAUCAGUGCCGAAUUCUACAACGGGAAGCCAGCAUGGCCUGCGUCGAACGAAUCGUGGUCUGAUUUCCUAACCACGUUGUGGAACUUGUGUGUUGAACAUGCGACGCCGUCAAAAUAUGCAUGGACGGUAUUUAUGGCUUUUUGGGCCGCACAAAUCGUGUUCUACUACACUUUGCCAGGUGUUUGGACCAAGGGUCAGCCCCUAACGCACUUGAAGAACAAACAAUUGCCAUAUUUCUGCAACGCCAUGUGGACAUUUUAUACGUCCGUGUCGAUUGCCUUGUUUCUUCACGUCACUGGCAUUUUCAAACUAUACACCAUCCUAGAUAUGUUUGGUGAGAUCAUGACCUGUGCCAUCGUUUCGGGCUUUACCUUCUCUAUUGUGCUAUACUUGUACACUCUGUUUGUCUCGGGCGAUUACCACCGUAUGACAGGCAACCACAUCUACGACAUGUUUAUGGGAGCCCCGUUGAACCCCAGAUGGGGGAUUCUGGAUCUCAAAAUGUUCUUUGAAGUGAGAUUGCCUUGGUUCACCCUCUUUUUCCUCACUCUCGGAGGCGCUUUGAAGCAGUAUGAAAUUUAUGGCACUGUGACUCCGCAAAUGGGAGUCUUGCUGCUAGCUCACUGGCUUUAUGCAAAUGCUUGUGCGAAGGGCGAAGAGCUCAUCGUGCCGACUUGGGACAUGGCUUACGAGAAGUUCGGCUUCAUGUUGAUUUUCUGGAACAUUGCUGGUGUGCCAUACACUUACUGCCAUUGCACGUUGUACCUCUACUAUCACGACCGCAGUGAGUACAACUGGCCAUGGUACUACAACCUGUCACUGUACUUGGUGCUUUUGACAGCCUACUAUUUCUUUGAUACCGCUAACGCUCAGAAAAAUUCUUUCCGUAAGCAAAUGGCAGGCGACACAAGAGUGCGCAAGACGUUUCCAUUUCUCCCCAAACAAGUGCUUCAAAACCCCAAGUACAUGGUGACCAAAAGCGGUUCCUAUUUACUCAUCGAUGGAUGGUACAGAUGGGCCAGAAAAAUCCAUUACACUGCGGACUGGACACAAUCUUUAGUGUGGGCACUUGCUUGCGGCUUUAACUCUCCAUUCCCAUGGUUUUUCCCAGUCUUUUUCUUCAUCGUCUUGGUGCACCGCGCCAUACGUGAUCAGGCUAAGUGUGAGAAGAAGUAUGGUGCGGACUGGGACAAGUAUCGUGAAGAGUGUCCAUAUCUCUUCAUCCCAUACAUCUUGUAG